AUGGCCCAACUCGGCCUCCCCUCUCCAUCCUCCCGCCCACCCUCCUCCUACUCCUACAGCUCCCAAACCUACGAACUCCCCUCCCACAGAUCCAACACCAACGGCGGCAACCGUGCCCCAUCCGACUCUGACUCUGACUCGGACUCCGACGACGGCAGUCUCCUCCCCUUCCCCGCCGCUCUCUCCCGCGCCGACUUCCUCGCGCCCACCUUCGACGCCGCCGCCUACCUCUCAGCGCUGCACACCGGCGGGCCCGCGGCACGGCACCAAACACUCGAGGACCUGCGGUCCGAACUGCGCGACCGCAGCGCAGCCAUCAGCGCCGAGUUGUUGGAAUUGGUCAACGCGAAUUACACGGCGUUUUUGGGACUGGGGGAUGAAUUGCAGGGCGGGGAGGAUAAGGUGGAGGAUGUGAGGGUUGCGUUGUUGGGGUUUAGGAGGGCGGUGGAGGAGGUGCAGGCAAGGGUGAGGGAGAGGAGGGUGGAAGUGGGGAGGGUGAAUGGGGAGUUGGCGGGGGUGAAGGGGGCGGUGGAGAUGGGGAGGAGGAUGUUGGAGUUGGAGGAGCGGGUGGGCGGGUUGGAGGGGAGGUUGGAGGUUGGGAGUUUAUCGGCGGGGGGGAAGAAGCCGGGGAAAGGUGGAGUGGCGAAUGGGGAGCGGUUGGGGAAGGGGGAGGAGGAUGAUGAUACGGAGGAAGAGGAUUGGGGGAGUGAUUUGGAUUCGUUGGAUAGUGAGGAUGAGGAUGGGGAUGGGGGGGAAGAAGGGGCUGGGUUUGUCAGUAGUAGCCCGAAGAAGCUGGCUGCUCUGGCGAACGAAUACGUGCUGGCCAAGAAAUUGGCGGACCGCCUUGGGCGAGACCUUCCAUUCGUGAGGAAGACAGAGGAAAGGUUGCGGCGCUGUCGCAACACCGUCUUGUUGGACCUCAGUACGGCGUUGAAGGAGUCGCGGAAAGCCGGGCCAAAGGGGCAGGGGCGAGUCUUGAAGUAUCUUGCGGUGUACCGAACCCUGAACGCACAGGCCGAUGCCGUCAAGGUGUUGAAGGAAAAGUAG